GUUGCUAUAACAACCAACUAGACGCCGAACAGUCUACCCCUAACAACACCACCACAUGUCGUGUGACGUUCUAUCGCAUGAAACCAGCGAGUGACCGAUGUACGCUGAUGAACUGGUCUCUCUAUACAGACUGACCAACGUAUUUUGAUUAUGUCAACGAUAACUUAUUGAACAACUCGUUAACGAAGUAUAAAGCCUUUAUGAGAAAAAAAGUCAGGCAGUUAAAAUAAACAAAGGAAUGAAAAGAAAAAGUCUAUGAAUGUUGCAGAAAAUUUCCGCAUGAAUUAGUUGUUAUGAAGAACUUUUGAACAAUUUGGUUGAAAGACUGUGAAGAAGGUUUGAUUCAGCAGAGAAAGUAGAGGUGGUAACAUUUGGAAAUGUCGGAGUCGGAAUUGCCAGAAGUACUAGAGGAGGACGAAGAUGUGGAAGAAGGGGAACAGGAAGAGGGCGAAGAAAAGCCAGAAGAGAAUGUAUUGGCAGACGACGUGAUUGGUGAGUGCCUUUCAUUGCUCGAAAAGAUAGGUGAUGGUCUCGCGUACACCUACAUACGGCUUGAUUGCAGCAACAGGGAGCUAACCAACAUAUCCAUUCUUGAGCGAUAUAUUCAUUUGAGAAUUAUUGAUGUGAGCAACAAUCAGUUAUCCAGCUUAAGCCCUUUGGACUACUUACCAAAUCUGUUGUCUCUGAAAGCAGACAGAAACAUCAUUGAAAACGUGGACAUUAAGCCACAUGCUUUUUUACAAUAUAUUUCCAUGAAUAAUAAUAAGAUCGAGGAGAUUUCUGAAGGCAUGUCACACCCCCUCGUCAGACAUAUAGACCUCGCUGGCAACAGAAUCAAGGAACUAUCACAAUUGAAUGAAGAGAAUUACCCUAAACUUGCCAUUCUCAAACUCCAAGAGAAUGCUAUUGAAACCAUCAAAGACAUCAAUCUACCAAGUCUAACAUCGCUUUCACUUGGUCAUAAUAAGAUGACAGAUUUUCAGUGGAUCUCGAAUCUGGUUAAUUUAGAAUUCUUAGAAAUAAACAACAAUUCUAUAGACAGGCUUGAUGGAUUUAACGACAACAUGAAGAAACUGAAAUACAUUGACCUGAAAGAGAAUAUCGUUGACGAGUUGAGCGAAGUAGAAAAACUGACCUGUCUACCAGCUCUUACUAUUUUGUUGCUGACCGAUAAUCCAGUCUCUAAAGAACCAGAUUUCCGUGUUGAAGUUCUCAGCUUCUUGCCAACUCUUAUCACCUUGAAUUACUCUGAUAUCACUGAGGAAGAGAGAGGUGAAGCUUACGAGGUUUUAAAAGAGCGCCAAGAGGCUCAGAAUACACAGAAAGAGGAAAUACCAUUACCACCAUAGCUCACCAGUCCAGACAACUGUCAACCACUUGAGUGAGGACAGUAAACACAAAUCCAGCAACCACUGAUCAGACAUUCCUAUAACAUAAGCAAGUUACAAAGGUGUAAUAUUGAUAUCGUAUCAAUAUAAUAUCUGUGAAAUAUUGAUGUAAUAUUUCUAUGAUAAAAAAAUGCAACAUUAUACGAUAUUCUUCUGAACACAAUAAACAGACUUUCUUCUUGAAUUGGUUUUUAUACUUUAAUACCAUUGUACUUCUAAACAUGCUGCAGUUUUGUAUCGUUUGCUUUUUAGUAUAUGUUAUUUUGUGUAACUUUGUAGCUUUUACUGUUUGUACUAACUUGAAUGCCAAAGUACUUCCUGUCCUCUCUGAGAGUUCAAUAUUUUGUUUAGGUAUAACUACAGCUGUUUUGAUGUGGAGUUUUGCUUUGUGACUAUGUGGCUUCAGGUGUGACACCUUGGGCAAAUUUCUUUUACUAUUAUAGCACCGAGUGAGUCAAUGACUUGUGAGCAACAGAUAGAAACUAUGUCAGCCCAUCAUAUAUACAUGUACACCUUUACAUUCACUUCUGACUGAAUGUUAAGCAAUGAUAAAAUUCCUGCAUCAAACCAAAAUAAAUCUCUUCACCUAUUUUACUAUCAACCCAUAACCUACAAACACAUGCUUUCCCCUAUUCUCUUUAGUUCCCCAUUUCCUACAUGACUAUUUCCCACUUACUUACACCAUAUCUUAUCUUCAUACUGUCCACCUACCAAAAACACAAAACAAAACUUACCAAAAUCAAAAAGAGCCAUAGUAGAUCAGUCUGAUUAAAGUGAAUGAGCCAA